UGACUUAUACAGAAUGUAUUCUGAAAAUAAAUAUUGGAUGUAAAGUACAAAAGUAACGUGGGAAUAACCCUGGGUAAAAUUGGGUUAUCUCCCCGAUUAUGAAAAAUAAACAAGGACAAUUUACAAUUAAAGAUUUUCGGGACAUGUUUUAUGGUUUUUUUCAGUCUUUGUUCCCAAAAACUUGACUAGAAAUUACACAGAUCGUAAUAGACGCAGAAAUGAAAAGGAUUAGUCAAUUUAUAUCACGGAAAUUAGGAACAAGGAAUACACCUGUGACAUUUGAAGAGAGACACGCAAAACUAGGUUGUAUUGUCUUGAGAGUCUUACCAAAAGUUAUGCAAACAAUUUUAAAAGAAUGUAUGAGUCCAACUUGCUUACAAGUGAAAUAUCGACUACACGACAUACGUAUCGCACUAAAAGAGAAUGAAACAUCCUUGAUGGAAAAACUGCCGAAUAUGGACGAUUUUACAAUUGAACUAUGUUAUAAAAUAUUACGAUAUGAAAAUUUAAUGCUUGAACCGUCAUGUAAAUGGGGAAAUGCUCCAAACCAUAAAGACAUUGACAUCGCAGAUGAUAUUCAACGACUUUUAAUUGCAACGAAUGAAAUUAUUGUUAAAAAGUCUGAAGAUGUAUCAGAGAUAUAUUAUGAAGAAUUUCAGACGAACCUGCAUGCAAUCCUUUAUAGAGUGGAUACAUUUCUUCGACAAGAUACUUGCUUAAAUGUGUACAACACAAUAUGCAGAUCUGAAAUACAGUUUAGUGAUAUUCUUCAAGAACUGGCACUCCUGCAACAAGUCGAUUUCACAUUGACCAUGAACACUACUAGAGUAGCAUCAUAA